ACUUUUGGUAAAAUAACAGUUGACGCAGUCGAAAAAAAUAAAUAAAAAAUAAAAAUGAAGCCCACCUCAUGAGCGAACCACUCCACCAUCACCACCACCACCAUCACCAUUGGCGCCGCCUCAGUCCCAUAUUCCACUUUCUCUCUCCUCUCUCCUCUCUCCUCUCCAAUGUCGUCCUCUCCCGAGCCCACCGGUAAGAAGCCCCAACCCAUCCCCUGGACCCACGAGGAGACGGUCCAUCUGAUCGAAGCCUACCAGCAGAAAUGGUACUCCCUCAACCGCGGCCAGCUCAAGUCCCCCCAGUGGGAGGAGAUCGCCGUGACAGUCGCCGCCCGCUGCGGCUACGACUUCUCCCACCCAUCCUCCAAGUCCGCCCUCCAAUGCCGCCACAAGAUGGAGAAGCUCCGCCAGCGCUUCCGCUCCCACUCCCACCGCCUCGGCCCCUCCUCACCCUGGCCCUACUUCGACCUCAUGGACCGCCUCCUCCGCGGCCCGUUCCCCAUCUCCGCCCGCCCCAUGGACUACGACGACGAAGACCAACCCUGCCACGCCGCCGCCUACGAACCAGAUCUUGAUCAUCGCGAUGUCCAUCAUGAUAACGACGACGACGACGAUGAUGAGAGCUCUUACACCAAGUCUCGGAGCAUCAAU